UCCAUAGCCUCCUUUUCCUGCAUUAUAAAUCACAAUCAAUCCGAUCCAUGGCGUACCGUAGAAAACAUGGCAUUACAAGAUCCGCGACGUUCAAGGAAGACAUUCGUCGUCCUCCUCGAGAAGAAACCACCUCCAACUCUGCUCCCACGUCUCCUCUCGCCUCUCAGGGGGGCCGGGUUUCUGAUACUCACCGCGAAUCUCCAUUAUCCUCUGGCCAUAACAAUUCAGCAUUUCAAUCUUCUUUGCACAACAGAUCCAAGGGAGGGGGUAGCAUUGUGAAGAGAAGUCAAGAUACCAAAGAAGCUUACAAGUUGCAGAACAAGAUAAUCGAGACAAACAACGAUGAAUUUUUCUUGCAGAAUCAAUGGCAGGAUAAUAGAAUAACCCAAUCUGCAAAACCACAAACAAGCCAGGAUCAACUCAAUGCAUCUCGCGACGUGGCGAUUGCAACAGCUGCUAAAGCAAAGUUACUUCUUCGGGAGAUUAAAACUGUGAAAGCGGAUUUCGCUUUUGCAAAAGAAAGAAGUUGUCAGCUCGAAGAAGAAAAUAAAAUACUUCGAGAGGCUCGUGAAAAAGGAGACCAUCCAGCAGACGAUGACAUGAUACGGCUCCAACUUGAGACCCUUUUAGCAGAGAAGGCUCGUUUGGCCCAUGAGAACUCAGUGUAUAUACGUGAGAAUAGCUGCUUGAGGGAAAUAAUAAAGUACCACAACCUGAGUAUGCAAGAUGUUGUGUACUUGGAUGAGGGUAUCGAAGAGGUUGCCGAAGUAAAUCCAAGUUUAUCCAGGACACUUUCUGUCUCACCACCGUUGCCUUCAUCUCCACGCCGUUUGUCUCAGACAAGUAUUCCAGAAAUUAAUGAUAUUCCAACGCUAGAUAAAAUUCCCACAAACCGUGGUGGCAGUUAG